GUGUUAUCUGACUAGAUCCUACGCUACAACAAGGCCAAAACAGAAGGCGCGUCCAUACAAAAAAUAUCAUUCUCUCUAGGGUUUCUAAUUUUUGCAACGCAGGAGAAAAUUCAAAAAAAUGCAAAUCACUCUCGAAUUCGGCGGGGGAUUAGAGCUUCUCUGUGACUCUGUAAAGGUCCAUAAUGUCAAUGUUGAUAUGCCAAAGGGUGCAGAAAAGUUAACAAUGAAAGAUUUGCUCGGUUGGGUUCGUACCAAUUUGAUCAAGGAGAGGUCUGAAAUGUUCAUGAAAGGAGAUACUGUGAGACCUGGUGUUCUUGUCCUUGUGAAUGAUUGUGAUUGGGAGCUAAGUGGGCAGCUCGAUACAACCCUAGAAGAGAAGGAUGUGGUGGUUUUCAUCUCAACCUUGCAUGGUGGAUAGUAUCUAGAUGAGAUGAUUGUGUUGUGUACUAGAUGAUAAUGUAAUUGUUAUUAUGAGAUUAUUAAGAGCUUUGGCAUCCUAGCCAUUUUUGUGUACUUUGCUGAUAUUCAUUACUGAAGCAUUCAGGAAAGUGACCCCCCCAAGUCCCUCCACAAGUUAUAAGAGGUUUUGUUGAUUUUACUGCCCAUUUUCUUUUCCAUUUUCUCUUGUUGACAAGUAGAUUUGUUGAAAUGAUCUGUUUUUCAUUUCCA